CUUUUCAAUCAACCAUUUAAAGAAAUUGGAAAUCGAAAAUGAUUUAGAAACUUCACCUUUGAGUGUUAUCUACUUUAAUGAUUCUUUAUUGUUUUUAUUUGAUCAAUGCUUGAAAGUCUUUAUCUCAUGGCGAUAGCUAUUUGCGAAGGAGCAAGAAUACCACGAGGUAUAAAUCAUCAUUUUCCACAUUUUAAGGCUAUAUAUCAUGGGCAUGGGGCAACAAGCUAUCAAAAUGUUGAGAUUCAAAAUCAUGGUUCAGUACCCAUUCCUAAUAAUUAUGUAGAACGUAUUGCUGAUCAUCAGUCUUUUGAUUAUUCAAAUCAUGGUUCUAUAUCAAUUGCAAAUAAUAAUGUACAACAUAUACAUGAACAGCAUCCGUCUCAGUAUUUAACACAUGUUUCUAUACCAACUGAAAAUAAUUACGUGGAACAUGAUGAACAUUAUCCAUCGGACGACGUGCACAUUCAGGGACUCCAUGAAGUCCAAGGAAUUAUAGAAGUACCCGCAGAGCAUCAUUCUGUUGAAAAUUAUGUUAUAUCGACAUUAACUCCUUACAUAGCAAAUGAUUAUCAAUAUUUGGAAUUGGAAACACGAGAUGCACAUCAGUAUUACUUGCAUAAUCAUCAACAUGAUUAUGAAUAUCACUAGUGCCAAGCGAGAGAAUAAAAUCGCCAUAAGUAUUGGAAAAUUGUUCAAACAUAGGUUGCAUUAGUAUAAUUAUUAAUUAGGUGAGUCUGAAAUAAAUGUUUAAAAUUAAAUAUAUUCUUGAGGAUACAAGAAAAUUAUUUAUUUUUCACCAGGACAAUUUAGGGGUCUCAUAAGCAAAUUUAAGUUGUAAUAUUUAAGUCAAAGUUUAAGGGUUCAUCUUAAACGAAGUCUCUUUA